UUUUUUUUUUUUUUGGAAACAUGUCUUUGUUUAAGUACCUUCCCUUAGUUAUCUAUCUCUCCAUCCCACCAAAUCUCAUAAGGAAAGAGAAUCCUUUUAUUCCCUCUUAUCGUUAAUGGGGUUCUUCGUCUUAGUACUUCUCUUCCCUUCCCUUUAUUUCCUCUUCACUUCUAAAUGGGUUGUAUAGAGACACAAAAAUUGCUACAUACUAGGCUAUGAAUGCUUUAAACCCAAUAAUGACCGAAAAUUAAGCACCAAAUUAUCCGCCCAGAUCAUGUUCCGAAACCAAAAUUUGGGCCUCGACAACUAUAAGUUCCUCGUCAAGACCGUUGUUCGUGCGGGCCUGGGAGAGGAAACCUACGCUCCGAGAAGCAUCAUCAUGGGGCGCGAAGAAAGAUCAACACUUGCUGACAGCCUAAAUGAGAUGGACGAAUUUUUUCAAGAUAGUAGAAUUGGAAAACUCUUCUCCAACUCUAAAAUUUCUCCUCAAGAUAUUGACGUGUUAGUCGUUAAUGUGUCAAUGUUUGCAUCCACACCAUCAUUAGCCUCAAGGAUUGUGAAUCAUUACAAGAUGAGGGAUGAUGUUAAAGUUUGCAACCUUAGUGGAAUGGGGUGUAGUGCUAGCCUAAUUUCUCUAAGCGUUGUCCAAAAUCAUUUUAAAGUACAAAAAGAUUGUUACGCGUUGAUUGUAACAUCCGAAUCACUAAGCCCGAAUUGGUAUUCAGGUAAUGAUCGAUCCAUGAUCUUAUCCAACUCUCUUUUUAGGUCGGGUGGCAGUGCUAUCCUCUUAACUAACAAGUGGUGUCUAAGGAAGAAGGCUAUGUUGAAACUUAAAUGUCUUGUACGAAUGCAUCAUGGGUCUAUAGAUGAGUCCUAUGAAAGUUGCAUGCAGGUGGAGGAUUCGGCAGGGAAGCUAGGGUUCCGCCUUUAUAAAGGCCUCCCUAAAACUGCGACUCGAUGUUUGGUUGAUAAUCUUAAGAAUUUGGCUCCUAAAAUCCUACCCAUAAGAGAAUUGGUUCGAUUUGCAGUGGCAGUUACUGUCUGGAGAUAUAUUUGGAAACCUAUCAAGCAUGGAUGUAGUCGUACAAGGGAACAAAGUAAUAGACCAACUAUUAAUUUUAAGAUAGGGGUAAAACAUUUUUGCUUUCAUACUGGAGGAAAGGCCGUGAUCGAUGGUUUAAGAGAGAGCCUUAAGUUAGACGAGUACGAUGUGGAGCCAGCAAGAAUGACACUCCAUCGAUUUGGAAAUACAUCAGCGUGUAGCUUGUGGUAUGUUUUGGGGUAUAUGGAGGCCAAAAAGAGGCUCAAAAGAGGGGAUAAGGUGUUGAUGAUUGGUUUCGGAUCAGGUUUUCAAUGUAAUAGUUGUUUGUGGGAAGUGGUAAGAGACUUAGACGGGGUUGACAAUGUUUGGAGUGAUUUCAUCAGAGAUUAUCCUUCUAAGGGUUUAGCUAAUCCUUACUUGGAGCAGCUUGGUUGGAUCCAUAAUGAAGAUGUUUCAACCUUCAAAAUUCCAGAAGAAUACAGGUCUAAAAAGAUUGAUUAUCCUGGAAAAAUUAUUUGAAUUAUAUACACGUACUACUAUGGCCCGUAUUUGAAAAUGUAACACUUUACAUUUGUUUUCCUUAUUCAAUACUUUGUAGUACUUAUUAAAAACAUAUCACCUAAUCUUAAUGAAGGUGCUACUAUGUAAAAGCUAAAAUUGCUCUUGGUUGGAGGUUGGCGUCCUGAUCUCAUAUUUUCAUGUAAUAAACAAUAAGUUUGUCGCUCGUUUAUUUUUCCA